CCAAAAGUUUGCAAAAUAAUUUAUAACUAUUUUUAGAGUUUUAGAGUUAUCUUUAUUACAUUAAAAAUAAAUUUCAUUUCCAUAUAGGUACUCUGGCAGUGAACAGUCAAGUUAUUAUAACAAAUUAUCAAUAAAAAUGUUACAGGAAAAGAUAAGAUAAUACGGGCAAAUCCUGCUGCCACAAUUCAUACAUAUUUAGUAAUUUUAGCAAAAUGAUAUAAAUAAUUUAAAAAAUAUACUUUCCGUUUGACAAAUGCAAAACAACAACACAUCAAAAAUGAAGAAUACAAUAUCACAAGUUGCCAUUGAACUCACUAUACACAUCAUAUAUGCGGUUUGCGCCUAUGAGAAAAAUAUUACUUGGGUUGUAAUCGGUGGUGCUGUCAUUACUAUCAUAAUAGCGUGUUUCUUGAUGGCCACAACAUAUUAUACCUGUUGUAGAAAUUUGGAAUUUACUACCAAAGCAUCGUCAGAAGAAAUUACAGGUCUUAAUCAAACGUAUAUAAAUUACAGCAAUGUAGAUACCGACAAUCUUUCAAAGAAUCGAAUGUCUCAGUUCAGUAUGGACACUGAACACGAAUUUAGCUAUUAUGACCCCAUUGUGAAUAAUAAUCGCCCGGCGUCUGAAGUAGCCACUAUGAAGAUACUUUAAACACCAUAAUAUCAUUUUUUUUUUUCAAGUAGAGAACAUUAUAACUAUCUUUUUAUACUAUAAACAAAUGAGUUGGUGUGAAAUACUACCAAUAAAUUUCCUGUAAAUAUUUACACAAGUGGAAAUGUUUCAGAACUAAAUAUCACAUUUUCCCUAUUAGUCGUGACGAAAAUGCACUUCCGUCACUACUUAUCAUUCUGUGAUUCAUGUAUAAUUUGAUAAGUUCAGUGUAAAUGUAAUUUUGAAAGUGCGAGACGUUAUUCAGUGUUUAAUAUGGAUCUAGUUGAAAGUUUUAAAUCCCACCCUAGUGUAAUCAUAAUAAUAAUUGGAUUUGUGACUACUGUUGCCUCAGCAAUUUACGUUUGUAUUAACCGAAAAGAAUACAAAGAUAAAACCCGAACCUACGAAUUCAACGAAGAGGGGCAAAGACUGUCAGUGAUAAGUGAUUAUAGCACUAAUGGAGAGUAUACUUUUUUUCGAGGGUCACCUACGAGCAGUCGCACGUCUUUCCACUAAUUAUCUGGGAUUUAUCUGGAGGCACAUACGAUAAGAAUUUAAAAAUAUAAGUACCUUAUCAUUGUAAUAAAGUGUAUCAAUAUGUG